CCUAAUGAUGGUGGGAAAGUCACAGGUAGUGUCUUCACGGUGGUUUAGAAGCCUGGACUAUUUUUACAGGGGUCAGUGCUGAAAAUGGUCUAAAUCUGAAUUGUUGCAUCGCUGAUGAGAAAUACAUGUUUUGUGGAGAUGAGGACAACCCCGACAAGGCGCCAGCUAUGUGGUGUGGUGGAGUGCGCUGUGUCCGUAUGCGGUGUUUCACCAGAACGAUGGCCAGAGCCUCUGAUCUCCAACACAUGGGAACUAGGAGACAUCCAACCCUGCUCCGGAUAUUCCUGCUGGUCCUUCUUCUCCAUGUAGCCAGAGGAGAUGCCACUACAGAAACAUCUCAACCUCCACCCUUCUCACCCUCUCCUUCAUCAUUACCACCACAUGUUUUAGUCCCUCCAUUCUCUGCCCCGCCUCCUUCGACCUCAACUCCACCAAGAGCACCGCUUAUAACAAACACUAUAUCAACUACACAGACUACAACCACAUCAGUGUCUACCACCCAAAAUACUGUAGCAUCAAUCAUGCCACCUAGUAGCACAACAUCUACAUCAGCUAUAGCCACAACACCUGCAGCUCCAUCAGCUAUAGCCACAACACCUGCAGCUCCAUCAGCUAUAACCACAACACCUGCAGCUCCAUCAGCUAUAACCACAGCACCUGCAGCUCCAUCAGCUAUAACCACAACACCUGCAGCUCCAUCAGCUAUAACCACAACACCUGCAGCUCCAUCAGCUAUAACCACAACACCUGCAGCUCCAUCAGCUAUAACCACAACACCUGCAGCUCCAUCAGCUAUAACCACAACACCUGCAGCUCCAUCAGCUAUAGCCACAGCACCUGCAGCUCCAUCAGCUAUUACCACAACACCUGCAGCUCCAUCAGCUAUAACCACAACACCUGCAGCUCCAUCAGCCAUCCUGUCCACAGCCACAUUACCCACUACAGACAUUUCUUCAUCUAACACUCCAAACACGUCAACAAUCUCGGUGCCCAUGUCUAAUGCAUCCUCGACCCCACCCCCCACAUCCCUCACAACCCCUCACCCAUCACCACUGCACACUGCCUCAUCCAACAUGACUAAUAAACCAAUGACAUCCACCAUGCCAUCUCCAUCCACUAUUCUGCACUCGACUUCGCCCAUCAUAACGUCCACUACCAACAUGACCUCUAAAAAUGCCACAUCUCCAGGACCCUCCACUCCUUUGCCAAUAACGGUCACCUCUAAUGCCACUACCGAGUCAGCAGAGGUGCAUUGUAACUUCUCACAGCUCUGUGCCAAUCAGUCUGUGUACUACUGGAUGGUCCUUGCGGUGGAUGUGACUGGAGAUCUGAAGAAUGAAUCAGACAUCAGUGGCUGGUUCAGGGCUCUAUUUCAUUCUCUCUUGGACUCCUGUGAGCCCUCCAACCCUGAACAAGCAAAUGGCACAAAUUCGACUGACACACUGCAAACCACCUCUGUCAGUCCAACAUAUCCCACCCCCUACAACAUGACAACAUGGUUAUACAACUUCACCACGACAACACUAUCCCAGAACUUCACCAACUUCACCACAGCAACACCAUCCCAGAACUUCACCAACUUCACCACGACAACACUAUCCCAGAACUUUACCAACUUCAACAUGACAACACGAUCCCAGGACUUCACCAACUUCAACAUGACAACACGAUCCCAGGACUUUACCAACUUCAACAUGACAACCUUGACAACUAACAUGACAACUAUGCUUUACAAUAGUACUCCCCCACACAACCGUAGCAUGUCCGGCCCACCCUACAACCAUAGCAUGACAACUCUGUCUCCCAGCUGGCCCCAUAGCACCACAAGUGAGGAGCAUGAAGGUGGAAAUAUGACUGCUGCCAGCCUGUUUCAAGACAUUGAGGUGACGUGUGUCAAUAAAACAGGGAUCAGGAGGACUAACUGCACUGUGCUGCUGAGGAUGAGGAAGCCAACGUUUCCCUGCUGUUUCCAGCGAGCCCUGUGGCUGGGUCAGGAGAACAGCUCCAUACAAACCCAUAUAGUGGGAAAUAGAGUGGAGAGAGUGGGUAAGGGUCUGUGUGCAGGCCAAUUGCCUCCAAGUAAUGGUUUUGCAAAGUGCACCGGCUUCCUGAAUGGCACUCUCCCUCUUCCAAACACGUGUCACACUCCAGGGCCUGUCAAUAUCUCAUGUGGACAUGCAGGGACUGUUUACGUACCACUUGGAAAUCAAACCCAAAUGGACUGUGGUAUGCCCCCUAAACCUCCCAUCGAUGCGGAGAUUAACUGCAACUGCUCCUCUUACUGCUAUGGUACAGCUGCAUACUAUACCUUGGGCAUACAGAUCAAAGAUCCCGCUAUGAAUAUUUCAAAAAUCUUCUAUAUGAUUGAUCAGCUAAAAACUCCUCCACCCUGCAACAACACCUCAGAGACACAUCCUCCCUGUCCCUUGCCCAUCAUAUCAACUAUCUACCAGGAUGCUCAUGUGGACUGCGAUGGCGCAAAUACCAAUCUCCAAAGCUGCAGGGUUAUCGUGCGCCUCAACCAUUCGGUGCCUAUAUGUGCAGUCAGUACUGCAUUGAUGACUGUGUUCAAUGAUGAGCAUGGUAUUGGCUAUAAUGGAACGGUGACCCGAGCAGCCAUUUGUGGCUACCCAGGAUCCAGUGGUGGUCUAUUGAAUUCAACCUUCACUUGGGAGAGUAUCAACCUCAACACCACUUUGUUCUGUGAGGCUGAAAAGACCACUGUCAUUGUCAGCUGCAAACAAGGGGAAAAUGUGUGUGUGCUCCUGAAUGAAAUGUGCGACCCCAUGCCUCCUUCUACAUCACCCAGCCCAAUGGCCAACACCACUUUACCUGCAACAACAAUACUGCCUCCUCCACCCAAUGUCACUAUACACCUAAACACCCCCUACGUCCCAUUGAACACAACAUUAGCUUCACUAAACACCACUUCUAAAGCUCCAAAUACUACACCAUCAGCUCCAAAUACAACCAUCGCCAUGACAACCCGGGGUAAUACCACUACAAACUCAUCAACACCCAUCAUUCCACCAGUGAAUCCCACAACAGCUUCCCCAAAGUACACCACGACAGCUCUUACAACAACCACCUCAGCGCCCAACACCACAGCAGCUAGUAGUGAAGAGCAGGCCAAUCAGCUGCUGGAUCUGACUAGUAAUGUGUCCAAGCUCAACUCCUCCCAGGUGGACCAGCUGGUGUCCCAGCUAGAGGCCCUGCUGGCCGGACCCAAUGUCAGCCUGGAUCUGGGGAAAACCUCUGUCAAAAUCGUUAGCAACCUGCUGGGUGCCUCCUCUGACACCCUGGCCUCCUCCUCCACCAAGAUCAUUGGGAUUGUUGAUACGGUGGGCCUGAAGCUGGUCGUUCAGCAAGAGGCUACGAUUUUAACCAAGUCGGUUGCUGUCGCUAUCAAAACAGUGGACGGCACUAAUUUCCAGCAAACAUCUUUCUCCAUCUCGGACCCCAACAAUGUGCAGAUCCGUGGAGAUGGCAGAGCCAGGAGAAGUGUGAGAACAGAGGCGUCCUCCCUUCCCCAGGGCUCCGUCACGUUCCCCUCCUCCCUCACAGCGAACCUCUCCCAUGAGCAGCAGCUACAAGCCUCCAGACUCCAGUUCAACUUCUACCAGAAGGCCACUGUGUUCCAGGACCGAACCCUGGGAGACAGCAGGCUGUACAGUGGGAUACUGGGAGCCAGUGUGGCCAACCUGUCAAUCAAAUCUCUGCAGAAGGACGUGGUGAUCACCCUGAGAAACACUGAGCCCGUCCCAGCAAAUGUCGUGGUUUCAUGUGUUUUCUGGGACUUUGGCUUGAAUGAUGGCUCAGGAGGCUGGAACCGAAAAGGCUGCUCUGUCAGGAACAGCACAGAAAAUGAGACUGUCUGUGCCUGUAACCAUCUCACCAGCUUCGGUGUGCUACUGGACAUCUCCAGAACGGGCAUAACCAAUCAUCUCCAGGCCACAAUCCUCACCUACAUCACCUACAUCGGCUGUGGUAUCUCCGCCAUCUUCCUCUCCGUCACUCUGCUCACCUACCUGGCCUUUGGGAAACUGCGUAAGGACAUCCCAUCUAAGAUCCUGAUCCAGCUGUGUGUGGCUCUGUUGUUUUUAAACCUGGUGUUCCUGGUGGAUGCCUGGCUAGCCCUCUACCCUGACGCUGUGGGCCUGUGCAUCUCCACCGCUUGGUUCCUGCACUACUUCCUGCUGGCUUCCUUCACCUGGAUGGGCCUGGAGGCCGUCCACAUGUACCUGGCCCUCGUCAAGGUCUUCAACACAUACAUAAAACGCUACAUGCUCAAGUUCUCUCUCGUCGGCUGGGGCGUCCCACUCCUUGUGGUCAUCGUCGUUAUUGCUGUUGAUAAGAACAAUUACGGCCUCGUUAGCUACGGAAAGUAUUCAGAUAACUCCCCUACAGAUGACUUCUGCUGGCUGAAGAACAACAUUGCCUUCUACGUAUCUGUGGUGGCCUACUUCUGUGUCAUCUUCCUGUUGAACCUCAGUAUGUUUGUGGUGGUGAUGGUUCAGCUGUGUCGGAUAAAGAGUCAGAACCCCCACAACAUGAGGCACCGUAACGGACUGCAGGACCUGCGCAGUGUGGUUGGGAUCACCCUACUCCUGGGCCUCACCUGGGGCUUUGCCUUCUUUGCCUGGGGGCCUGUCAACCUGGCCUUCAUGUACCUCUUCGCCAUCUUCAACUCCUUUCAAGGGUUCUUUAUCUUUGUGUUCCACUGCGCUGUGAAGGAGAACGUGAGGAGGCAGUGGAGGACUUACCUCUGCUGUGGUAGACUGAGACUGGCAGAGAACUCCGACUGGAGCCGCACGGCUACACAGAAGACAGAGAAGAAGUCAUUGUCAGUGACCAGAGCCACGUUCUUCCGCUCUGGCAACUCCUCCCAGUUCAACCAUACCUCCAGCUCCUCCUUCUUGACCGGUGACUCCCCAGAGCGGCCCAGUGGAGCAACAGGAAGUCUAUUUGACGACAGAACCAUCACAGCCCUUGAGGAGCUCAACUCAGACGUGGUCCUCAAUGAGGUGAACAGCCAAUUCAGGACUCAGAGUCAGAGAGCAGCCUAAGUCCUGUAGAACACUAGGCCAAGUGUAGGCUGGUAGGGGAGUGGACUUACGUGAGACAGUGUGUUUCAUAUUAUUUUCUACAUUUAUAUGAAAUAUUUGAAUGUUAAUGCUGCAUCUAGUAGUUUAAUGGAAGUGUGUAACAGACCACACUGAAGAGAUGGGACAUCACUGAAGAUCCAGCAUGCUCAUGGAUUUUGUCCAGUUGACCUACCAAUACUAUCAUGAACUCGUCUGGGCUGGCACCUGUGAUUGUGAAUAUCAAUACAUGUACUGUACUGAAAAGGUAUCUACAGUAGCACGGAGGAAAAACCCAACUCUUACUGUAGAUCCUCACGAGCGGCAUCCUAUGACUGCAUACUACAGGUUUUAUCGGUUUUCUCAGCAUUCUUCAGAGGCGUGCGCUGGCACAUACUAACACUGUCACUUCCUGGUUUGAUUUCAUUUAAGAUAAAGGCAAAGCUCUUUUAUACUGUACUCAGAAUCAAGAUAUUUCCAUGAGAUAUAUAUGUAUAUAUAUUUUAAAGAGGCAUCAUAACAAUGGGUGUAUAAUUAAACGUUAUUUCACCAAUAACAAUUGUAUAAAUAAAACAAAAUGUUUUAUUUGAAGCUAA